AAGUAUCCCUAAUACCGAUGAAGUGACAUUACAGACGCCGACCAUAGAAUUUAUCGUAAAGAAAAUUAACAAUUUUUAAAUUUUAUAAUAAUUUAUGCUCGAUAUCGGGGCGAACGCCAACAAAUACAAUUGGCAAAGUUCAGUUUAGGACGGUAAACAGUGAAUUCGAGUAUAAACUAGUUGCGUUAAAGUUGAAAAAACGGCGGCAAAAAGAGCGCAUCAUCUAGGAAGCUACAGAUAAUUUCGUGUGUAUUUCGUUUUAAUUUUGGGUGAUAAGUUUUUUUUUUUGCCAAAAUGGUGGGCAAACAUAUGCACAAGAAAAAAAUGUCCGAAUAUACGGAAAACGAGGAGUACAAAAGUGAUGCAGAUGCUGGCGAUGAUGAGGUGGCCGAGAAAGAGUAUCAUGCCAGUGCCAGCGAUGGCUCCGAAAACGGUGAUGCAGCUAAUAAUGAUAAUGAGAAAACAAAUGUGCGUGAUGAUGAUGAGGAAACUACACUGGGUGAAGAUGAUGAUCUUGCCCAGGGUCUCAAUAGCUAUUCACAUGGUGAUGGAGAUGAUGCCGGUAGUGCGGCUGAGGAUAAUGACGAUGAUUAUGAGGCCGAUAGCGGCAAAAAGGCCAAGAAACGUAAAACCGCGGGAGCUAAAAAGUCACUGGAUACCAAUGAGUCGGAUGAUGAGGCACUGAAUGGCGCCUCGCCGAAAAAGAAAAGUCGUAAAAAUGCCGGUGCCGCCGGUAAAGCUGGCGCCAAGAGUGCUGGUGCUGCCGCCAAAGGUAAGGCUAAGGCCAAGAAAGCAGCUCCCGUCGAAGCUGAUGAGGAUGAUGACGGCGAAGGCGAAGAGGAAGAAUAUGAAGUUAAAGAUAUUGUUGGACACAAAACCGAACGUGGUGUUUCAUAUUUCCUUAUCAGAUGGAAGGGCUACACCAAGGCCGAUGAUACAUGGGAGGCUGAAGACAGUCUUAAUUGUCCGGAAAUAAUUGAUAAAUAUAAGAAAAAGCAAGCAGCUGCUGCCGCCACACCGAAAAAAGGUGCAACGCCCGCCUCGAAAAAAGGUAAAAAAGGUGCUGCGACGCCCGCUGCCGCCAAGGGCAAUAAAAAUGCCAAACAAAAGAAGCAACAACAGGAUGACGACGAUGAUGAAGUCGAAGAAGAAUGGGAAGUCGAUAAGAUCAUCGACUAUGCCGAAGAGAAAAAAGGACGCGUAUUUCGUAUACGCUGGAAAGGUUUUGGUCCCAAACACGAUACCUGGGAGCCAGAAGAAAAUCUCAAUUGCAAAGACAUCAUCGAUAAAUUCAUGAAGCGCAUGAAAGCCGACGAGAAUGUCUCGUUCAAGGAGCUGCGCGAAGAGCCCAAAAAGACAAAACGUUUGGUCAACGAGACGGCACCGCGCACCAACCUACACAAUCCGAUUGGGCGUAAAUCGAAACGAGGUGGCAACAAGCAAAGCAGCAAUGACUCGGAUGUGUCACCCUCGGUACCAGAUUUUACAACACCCAGAAAUAGAGGAGGCUCGACCCGUUUGAAUGGCGUACAGCAACAGGAUACUUCCGGAGAUUUUGGCAGUGAUUUUGGUGAAAAUGCUUCAUUUUUAAAUCACGUUGGUUAUGUCAUGAAUAAACUGCCCCCAGCAACGGUUGAAAGAAUGCAGGGCAAAAUCUUUGCCAUACUCUAUGAGGAAUUGGGCAAACAUACGCCAAAGAGAAAAGGCGUUUAAGUCACUUACAUACAUGUGUAUGUAGUAAGACCAUUUUAAAAAAUAAUUUUACAAACAGACGAGAAAAGAAAACACAGAUCAACAAUAUUUUAAAAAGACGGAUACAAAAGAAAUCAAAUAUUUUAAGUUUAAUUAAUGAAAUGCAACCUUCUUCAAAAGGUUGAGCUAAUAAAUGUCUCUUCGCGUGAAAAAAAAGAAAACAUUUUAAACAGUUAUAUAUCAUUUGCUCUGGGACUGGAUUCUUGUUCCAUGAAAAUAUCUCCUUUAAAAUAAUAUUUCAAGAACAAAAGAAUUGAGGCCCUGUAGUGGGAUUUUCUAACACAUUUUUGAGAUCCCGACAAAAAUCGGUAGAAUUAAAACGCAAAUUUAUGAAUAAAAAGUCUAAAUAAAAAUGGGCAACACAGUUGCUAUAGGUAGUACCUAUCGAGUACUUUUUUUAGUCGUUAACUCGCUGAAAAAAUUCGUUAAUUACCGAAAUUAUAAAUACUUGAAUUUUAACGAUUUUUGUCGGUAACUCCAAAAAUGAUUUGGAGAAUUCCACUACUGAUUUGAUUAAUACAAAAUUUUUUUAACCAUUUGUAUCACAUCUGUCCCGAUAACAUUUGUGAGAAUAUAUUUUCUUUCUAAAGUUGUUCAAUAUAAUUGCCCUCACAAUAGCGGAAUCUAACCUACAGCAAGUAAAUUAAAUGGAUAUAAAAUUACAUUAAACAAAACUAAAGGUGGAAGUACAUAAAGAGCUUCUUUGACUGGCUUAAGUCACCGGCUGGCUUUUUCUUAGAGGAACAAAGGAGGUUGACUUAGUUCGAUUUUGGCCUACACUCCUUUAUCUUUUCCAAAAAAGCCAGCCGUUGACAUAAGCCAGUCAAAAAAGCUUUUUAUGUGCUGCUUGCACCUCAAAGGCUUAAGUACACAACCGAAUUUUCUUCUGACAUAAGUCGUUAGCUGACCUUUUAUGAAAAAGAAAAUCUAUUUAAAGGUGAUCCAGCUCAAAUAUGUGUUUCAAGUCCCUCGUUGUUAUAUGGAAAGUCAGUCGAUGGGUUAUGCCAGAAAAAAAUAUUUUUUGUGAGUUUAGGCCUCAACAUUAUUUUGAGAGAAUUGUUAUAGCCUCGUCCAACAAAUGGAGGGUAUGUAAUAAAUGACCGCCAUUUAUCUGGCUAUAUUAAUACGGGUUUUCAAUAAUUAAUUUUCAAGAACUUUGAGGAUCUUUCCGGAUAUAAAGUAGUCGUGAAUUUUUUUUAAAGAAUUUUUUUUUUUUUUAAAUAUUCCAGGGAUCAAUUUUUAUCAAAUGUCUGUUGCCACGAAAUCUUGAAUUUUUGAAAAAAAAAAUUGUGAAAUUUUAUGAAAUCUUAAAAAAAAAUUUCCAGUAUUUUUUUUUUUGCAUAGAAUCGAUGAUUAUUUGAUCGAUAUUUGGGACAUGUAGUGGGAUAGCUCAUUUUUUGAGUUACCGACAAAAAUUAAUAACUUUCGACAUUUGUCUGCUCCUCAGAAUUAUUACAGCCUCCGCCAAACAAAUGGGGGGCAUAUAGAGUCCGGCCUUCAUUUAUCAAGAAUUUUAUAAACCCGAACAACAUUAACUUCCUGUCUAUAUUUAUCCGGGAUUCCAAUAACUAAUUUGUUUUUUUUUUUUUUUUUUUUUUUCAAAAUGUCCAGAUCGAAUUUUGGGAUUUUCAAUAGUAAUUAAAAUAUUGUUUUGGCACUAAACGUGGAUUUUUUUAAAAUAUUUUUAUCAAGAACCUGUUGUCACGUAAUCUUGGAUUUUUGAAGGAAUUUUUGUCAAGGACAUCCUGUUCGAAAAUUAUGGAAUUUUGAGAAAUUUACAAAAAUAUAUAUUUAGGGAUUAUUUUACAAAGCAUUGGCGAUUUUUUGAUCGAUAUUUGUGACCUGUAGUGGGAUUCUCUAGCUCACUUUUUGAGUUGCCGACAAAAAUCUAUUACUUUUCGAUAAUCGUCAGUAAUUCAAAACAUAAGCUAGAUAAUCGAUCCCACUGCCGUUUAAAAUUGUAACCAGUACAACGACCUGGGAUUUUGUUCAUCAGCUUAAACGAGUACUUGCUUGGAUGGGUUCCCUCGUUCUCAGUACUAUUCAAACUUGAAUUUUAUGAAAUUAAAGCUCUGGUAUUGAACCUUAAUUCUAAGGGUUUUGGAAGAUCUUCUCAAAUGUAAUUACAAUUGACUAAAAACAAUGUUUCAUUAAUUUGCUUUCCUAUCUAAUUUCUAUCUCCCCGAGAGUUUUGGGCAACCGGUGUAUUCGAACUGUUGCUGGAAGGCUUUUCUGUACUCUCACUUGAAAGUGUAGGGCUGUAUAGUAUUAGGAUCUACUUUGCCUCUUAGUUCGUUAUCGAUUUCUCCUCAUUUCUAUCUUCCUGAGAGUUUUUCUGGAAGGCUUAACUGUGCUCAGAUUUGACAGCGUUCGAUCUAUUUUAUUUUAGGAGCUGCUUUGUCAAUUUAUUAAGUUCAAUUUCGAAUCGUUAUACAGAAACAUGCCCUGUAUUUGAUUUUUGAAAAAUAUUGAUUUUUUUUUCAUUGGGAUAAAAUCAAAAAUUCACAUAGAAAUUAGGCUUUAAAUCUUGUAACCGACUUCAUAUGAAAUAAACAUUAGGAAAAUAUAACAUGCAGUUAUAGUACCUAGUGUAUAUAAAAAAUGUUUAUCUAAAUUAAAUAUUCAUUUUGAACUUAUCACACUUUCCUUGUGGAGAAUUUCCAUAUUGUUGACCUGUGUUUUCUGCACCCUUUUUUUACACCCACACAUACAUACAAUCACAAUGUAUAACACCCUGAACUAUUAUUGCCACAAUUCGUUGAUGCCAUUGAAAAAUCAUUGAAUAUUUUAAGAUUUCCGACUAAAUUGAAGAUAUUGCCGAAAAAUACACUAAAUUAUUUUAUUAAUAAUUCAAACAUACCAAAAUGUUCAUAUCGCCCAUAUACUCAAAGAAGGUCAUAGUUCGAAAAAUCAGAUUUGUAAAACUUUCAGAUCAGAUCAAAUUAAAAAAAUGGAUUUGCCGAAUUUGUACAGAUUUUUCCAUCGAUACUUAAAAUGUUUUAAUUUUUAAUUUUUGCAAAAACGGCUUUUUGGAGUCAUGACACUCUUUGAGUAAAUAAUCGAUAUGAAAACACACUUAAGGUGAUGAUGAAUAAGCAGCUUGGCAUUAUGGCAUGGCAUAUUUUGUGAAAUAUUAUAAAGGGAUGUCUAACACGCAAUCGAAUCUUGUCGUCGUUUUACCUUUAUGAAGAUGAGAGUACAUAAAAGAUUUUUUUUUUGGCUGACUUAAGUCAUCGGCUGGCUUUUUCGUAGAGGAACAAAGGCGUUUAAGGUUGAUUUAGUUCGAUUUUGGCCGGACGCUCCUUUGUUCUUUUACGAAGGAGUCAGCCCAUGACUUAAGCCAGUCGAAAAAAAAAACGUUUUAUGUAUUUUCACCUUAAAGUCACACUAAAUUCCAAGCUGCCCAUAUACCAUCACCUUAAUUUCCAAAAUGAGUUCUUUGAAUUAAAUUUCUUUCCAAUUUUCAAUUAUUGUUCUGCAUUAAUAUUAAAAUAGCCAUAUCUCUUUAUGAUAUGCAGCAUCACAUUUUUAAUUUCUCUUAGUUUUAAAUACGAAUUCACUAUUUUAUUCUUCAUUCAUGCAGCUAAAGAGGCAAUUGAUAACAUAUUUUAAUUUUGUAUUUUUAAUUUGUUCACAUUGGUUUUAAAAUGUGUUUAUCUGUCCGAAUUUUUUGUGUGUAUUUUAACGUUAUAAUCACAUAUUUAUUUUAUUAUUUUUUUAAAAAAAAAAUAUUACUUUGUUUUGUUCCUUUUUUGUGAAGUUAACUUUGUCCAAUAUCGUGUAUCAAUUAGCCUAUAAUGAAUUUCAAAUAAUAAAAUAAACAAUAAAAAAGACAUUAGAAAGAA